GGGUUUUGUGGUUUUGUUGGGGAGGAAAGAGUCUUUAGAUUUCUGUUGUGAUUUGUUUUUUUCAAGUCCCAAAUAUAUUGCUAGUCUUAUGGUCAUUAAAGAUUGAAUUUUUCAUAAAGGAUUCUUGAAAUUUUGUACAUUUAAUAUCUGGUUUGUCUUACUGAGUGAGUGAGUGAGUGAGAGAUUACAUAGAUAUGGGAAUUGAAAGAGUCUCCUUUUAUUGUGGGUCUGAUCAUUUACUUCCCAAAAACAUGUAUCAUUUUUAUUUAUUUGAGAGAUUAGCUAAUAUAAUGCAAUAGCCAAGAAGAGUCUUGGUGAUCUGUAUCUAAAGCUUUAUUUCCUCUUUUCUUUGAUAUGGGGGUGGUUUGAACUUGAAAUCUUGUGUUUACGCGGUGAAUUUGUUUGAUAUUCGAGUUGUUGUUGUUGUUGUACAAAGUUGUUCAAUGGAAGAAGAUCAAGAUUUGAAGUACUUUUGUAAGUUGUGUGACAAGAAGUAUCCAUGUGGGAAGUCAUUUGGUGGUCACAUGAGGUCUCAUGUACUAGCAAAGGAAAAAGUUGAGUUUAAACAGAAAAAGUUGCAAUCUUGGAUUGAUGGUGGGAAGAAUAGCAGCAAGAAAGAUCCUAAAUCACAGUUUGAAUUAAGUGAACAUUCUGGUUAUGGUCUUAGAGACAAUCCCAAGAAAACUUGGAGGGCUUCGGAUUCGAGGUCUCCUUUGUUGCCUCAGGAGAAUGUUUGUCAGCAAUGUGGUAAGGUGUUUCAAUCGUUGAAAGCUUUGUGUGGUCAUAUGGCGUGUCACUCUGGCAAAGACAGGGGAGGGUCGAAAGAUGAUCAUUCGUGGACUAGUGAAAACAAGAACCUGUUGAUGGACAGCAACUCGGAUACUGAAGCCGAGGAGCCAAAGCUGAAGAGCAGAUCAAAUACUAAAAGGUACAAUAGACUUGUAGCUAAGCCUUCCUCCUUUUGCUUAGUUAACAAUAGAAGUGUUUCGUCAUCUGUUUCUGAGAUUGAUGAGCAAGAUCAAGAGGAAGUAGCUAAGUGUUUGAUGAUGUUGUCGAUGGAUUCUGGGAUUUGGAAUGGUGUCAAUUCAGUUGUUGAGUCUUCCGACAACAAUUCUGUUAUUUUGGAGACGAAAUCAUCAUCUGUCGACAUGAAAGUAGCUAGAAAGGAUUUUCUAAAGCCUGCUGACAAUCUAGAUGAAACACAUCGAAGGAGCAAAAAAGAGGCGGACAGAAACUUGAAACUUAAUGCUUUGAAUGCUGAAGCUGAGUCUGAGAAUUCUGAUUCCGGAUACUUUUUAGGCGAAUAUAUGAAAGUUGAAUCAGAUGCAUCUGUUGAUGAGUUCCAUAGAAAUGGUAAUUACCAAUGGAAUACAUCUAACAAGAGCCUCGGAGUUUGGUGCGAUGAGACUAGAAAAGAAGUGGAAAAAGACUUAAACAUAACAACUACAACAACAAAGUACAUAACAGAAAUGAGGAUUAAUGGUUCAACCAAAGAAUAUAAAUAUGAUAGCUAUGGAAUGGCUUCAAAUUUGGCUAAGAGUGAAUCAAGAAAGAGAACAAAGGAUAUAUCUUAUGAACCAGAAUUAGGAAAUGAGUCGUCGUUCAGGAAGAUAAAGGUCGGUUUUAAAGGUCCUGAAGGAAGCAAACAUACUCAGAAGAAGAAAAAGUAUGAGUGCUUCAACUGCAAGAAGGCUUUUAGCUCUUAUCAGGCUCUUGGUGGACACAGACCUUGCAACAAAAAAGCCAGUGCCUAUUUCGAAUCAACAUAUGAAACCGAUGAGAAUGGUCGUGGUGCUGAAAAUGGUCCUAGUUACAUAGACAAGGGAAAGCAUAGGGAGACAUUUAACAACAGAAAACCAGCUGUUCAUGAUUGUCAAGAUGUCAAUUACAAUCCUGAGAAGAAGAUGAAACCUAAAAAGUUCAAAGGACACGAAUGCCCGUUCUGCAACAGGAUGUUUAAGUCUGGACAAGCUUUAGGUGGCCACAAAAGGUCACAUUUUCUUGUUGGUUCACAGGGAAAUCAUAAUCAAGCUUCAGCAGUCAAAGGAUCAGAAUUUGCUGAUUUACUUGACCUAAACCUUCCUGCUCCUGUUGAGGACAUGAACGGUGAGCCUACCUUUGCGCGUUGGUAGUUUGUUAAAAAACAGAUGCGCGAUGUCUGCUGGUAAGCUGAUUUUCGAUUAGGCAGAAGCAUAAGCAGGUCAGGAUGCCCAGUUUCUCACUUGUCAACCCUACAUUCUUUGUAAUCAGUUGUAAGAACCUUACAUCACAGCUACUUGUAGCAUGUUCUGUGAAUAUGCUUCAAGUUUUGCUAGUUAAGUUCAUUCACUUCUUUAACUUUGAGACAUUCUUAUGUCCAUGUUUUAGUUUUUAUGCUUCUAUAAUUAGUAUUCUCAUUCUAAA